CACCUGUUCUCAGUCACCUCCUCGUCUCAUGAUUGCAGCUAAGCUAACGGUUCGUCUCAAGACUCAUUCUCUCGACGCUCUGAUCGAUUCCGGGGCAGAACAGAAUUUUAUUGAUGCCUCGCUGGCGCUCAAAUUAGGUUUUAUCACGGAGCCUCUGUCUCAUUCACUCCAAGUCACAGCCCUUAGUGGCCAGCGUCUUCCAGACAUUACUCAUGUCACAGAACCGGUUUCCCUGACUCUUUCUGGCAAUCAUGUUGAAACCAUACAGUUGUAUGUCUUUAAAGCCCCGCUCACACCACUAGUCUUAGGCUAUCCCUGGCUAUGUCUACAUAACCCUGUGAUUGAUUGGAGGAAGGAAAGUAUUUCGGGGUGGGGGGAGGAGUGUCACAUGUCCUGUUUAAAAGCCGCCACCCCCGCCAUGAACCUAUCACCCAGUAAAACUAUUUCAGAACCGCCUGAUCUGUCCUCCAUACCAUCUGUUUAUCAUGACCUGGCGCAAGUGUUUUGUAAAGAUAAGGCACGCUCCCUCCCUCCUCACCGGCCGUAUGAUUGUGGGAUUGACCUCCUCCCAGGCGCGCCACUCCCGACCAGUAGGUUGUACAGCCUGUCUCGACUGGAGCGGGAAAGCAUGGAGAAAUACAUCAAUGAGUCACUUGCCGCCGGUCUCAUUCGCCCCUCGUCCUCACCUGUUGCCGCUGGUUUCUUUUUUGUCACCAAGAAAGAUAAGAGUCUACGGCCCUGUAUUGACUAUCGCGGUCUCAACUCCAUCACAGUUAAAAACAAGUAUCCCCUCCCUCUGCUGAGUUCCGCGUUCGAGCUUCUCCAGGGUGCCACCAUUUUCACAAAGUUGGACCUGCGCAACGCCUACCAUCUGGUGAGGAUUAGGGAGGGAGACGAGUGGAAGACGGCUUUCAAUACUCACCUGGGCCAUUUUGAAUAUCUUGUAAUGCCUUUCGGUCUCACCAAUGCUCCAGCUGUGUUUCAGGCUCUCGUGAAUGAUGUGCUCCGAGAUUUCAUCGACCAUUUCGUUUUCAUCUACUUGGACGACAUCCUCAUCUUCUCCCGCUCCGUCGCCGACCACCAACGCCAUGUCAGGCAAGUCCUUCAGCGUCUCCUCGAAAACCGUCUCUUUGUUAAAGGGGAGAAGUGUGAGUUUCAUGUCUCAACUGUUGCCUUCCUGGGCCACGUCAUCGAUCAUGGUAACCUCAAAACUGAUCCUGCAAAAGUUCAAGCCGUUGUUGACUGGCCGACCCCUUCCAACCGUAGACAGCUUCAAAGCUUCCUGGGGUUUGCCAACUUUUAUCGUCGCUUUGUUCGCGACUACAGUAAACUUGCCCUGCCUCUGACCCGUCUUACUUCUCCCAAGGUUCCCUUCUGCUGGGAUGAGCUGGCUCAACGAGCAUUCGCCCAUUUGAAGGACCGCUUUGCCUCGGCGCCCAUUCUCGUCCAACCUGAUCUCAACCUGCAGUUCAUUGUGGAGGUGGACGCCUCGGACGCUGGAGUGGGGGCGGUGCUUUCCCAGCGGCAAGGAGGUAAGCUGCACCCCUGUGCCUACUUUUCACGCCGUCUCUCCUCCGCAGAGAGCAACUAUGAUGUGGUAGAUCGAGAACUGCUAGCCAUCAAGCUAGCCCUGGAGGAGUGGCGCCAUUGGCUUGAGGGCGCUGCCCAGCCGUUCGUGGUCUGGACCGAUCACAAGAACCUGGAGUACAUUCGAUCGGCAAAACGCCUCAACGCCAGGCAAGCCAGGUGGGCCCUGUUUUUUACUAGAUUUCAGUUCACGAUCACUUACAGACCCGGUUCCCGUAAUGUCAAGUUAGACGCCCUCUCACGCCAAUUCGCCGCCUCCGAAGAUGCAGCUCGGGACGCUCCCAUUCUACCGCCCACCUGUGUAAUCGGGGCUCUGACCUGGGAGAUCGAGUCAGCCAUUCGAGAGGCUCAAUGGACAGAACCAGACCCCGGAACGGGACCUCCAGGGUUGCUCUUCGUCCCCUCCUCUGUAAGGUCACGAGUGUUACAUUGGGCUCAUACGGCCAGAUUCACCUGGCACCCAGGGGUCCACCGCACUAUUACCUUCCUUCAACGUUUCGCCUGGUGGCCUUCCCUUGCCAAAGACGUCCGCGAGUAUAUUUCCGCAUGCUCGACCUGCGCUCAAAACAAGAGCGUCCAUCAACCACCCUCUGGCCUCCUCCAACCUCUGCCGACUCCGAGUCGUCCCUGGUCGCACAUCGCUGUUGACUUCAUCACUGGUCUGCCCGUCUCGUCAGGUAACACUGUCAUUCUCACCAUUGUGGACCGUUUCUCCAAAGCUGCUCAUUUUGUCGCCCUCCCUAAGCUCCCCACCGCUCUAGAGACCGCACUCACGGACCACGUUUUUCGCCUCCAUGGAAUCCCCAUGGACAUUGUGUCAGACAGAGGACCGCAGUUUACGUCACGUGUCUGGAAGGAGUUCUGCAGUGCCCUCGGAGCUCAGGUCAGUCUCUCCUCUGGCUUCCACCCACAGACCAAUGGCCAAACGGAGCGUGCCAAUCAGGAGCUCGAAGCGGCUCUCCGGUGCCUGGUAUCCACUAACCAGUCAACUUGGAGCGAGCAACUGUCAUGGAUUGAGUAUGCUCAUAACAGCCUUACCUCCUCUGCCACCAGUGUGUCCCCUUUCGAGGCGUCCAUGGGCUACCAACCACCACUCUUCCCAGCCGUCGAAGGUGAGCACUUUGUUCCCUCCGUCCAACAGCAUCUUCGGAGGUGUCGGCGCGCCUGGAGAGCGACUCGGGCCGCCCUUCUCCACACGGUGGAACGCAAUAAGCCCAUGGCGGAUCGCCACCGGACCCCUGCUCCCACCUACGCACCUGGACAAAAGGUUUGGCUGUCCACCAGAUUCGUCCCACUCAGGUCUGAAUCCAAGAAACUGUCUCCCACUUUCAUUGGUCCCUUUGAAAUCGACUCUGUGAUUAACCCUGUCUCUAUCCGUCUUAAACUGCCCCGGAAUAUGAAAAUCCAUAACACCUUUCACGUGUCACAAGUGAAGCCGUGCCUCUCUAGUCCUCUGUGCCCUCCUUCCAGGCCCCCUCCGCCCGCCCGGGUCAUUGAUGGCCACCCGGCUUUCUCCAUUUCGCGGAUCAUGGAUGUCCGGCGCCAGGGGCGCGGUCUGCAGUAUCUCGUGAAUUGGGAGGGCUACGGGAUGGAGGAGCGUUCUUGGAUCCCGUGGGCGGCCCUUCUGGACCAUGGCUCCCGUCGGGGCGGGGGGGGGGUACUGUCACGGCCAGGCGGAUCAGCUGCAUGCUGA